GGAGUCCUCGUCGACCUUUACGUCCCCCGCAAGUGCGCUGCCACUAAUCGCCUUAUCAUUUCCAAGGAUCAUGCCUCAGUCCAAAUCGCUGUCGCCGACGUCGACGCCAACGGCCGAGCGCUUUCCACUUCUACUUCUUUCGCUCUCUGCGGUCAGGUCAGAGCUAUGGGUGAAAGUGACGAUUCUUUGAACCGUUUGGCUACUAAGGCAGGCCUCCUUCGCAAUGUCUGGUCAUACCAAAAGUGA